AUGCUUACAAGGAACUGUUUAUCACUGCUUCUCUGGGUCCUGUUUGAUGGAGGUCUCCUAACACCACUUCAACCACAGCCACGGCAGACUUUGACCACAGAACCAAGAGAAAAUGUUCUCCGCCUGCCAGGACGACGAUUACAUUUUCAACGAGUUAAACGUGGCUGGGUAUGGAAUCAAUUUUUUGUGCUGGAGGAAUACAUGGGCGCCGAGCCUCAGUAUGUUGGAAAGCUCCAUUCUGACUUGGACAAGGGAGAGGGCACUGUUAAAUAUACCCUCUCAGGAGAUGGUGCUGGCACAGUUUUUACCAUUGAUGAAACCACUGGGGAUAUUCAUGCAAUAAGGAGCCUGGAUAGAGAAGAGAAACCUUUCUACACCCUUCGUGCUCAGGCUGUGGAUAUCGAAACCAGGAAGCCUCUGGAGCCUGAAUCAGAGUUCAUCAUCAAAGUUCAGGACAUUAAUGACAAUGAGCCACGGUUUUUGGAUGGACCAUACGUUGCCAGUGUUCCAGAAAUGUCUCCCGUGGGUGCAUAUGUGCUCCAGGUCAAGGCCACUGAUGCAGAUGACCCCACCUAUGGAAACAGUGCCAGAGUCGUUUACAGCAUCCUUCAGGGACAACCUUAUUUCUCUAUUGAUCCCAAGACAGGUGUUAUUAGAACAGCUUUGCCAAACAUGGACAGAGAAGUCAAAGAGCAAUACCAAGUACUUAUCCAAGCCAAGGAUAUGGGAGGACAGCUGGGAGGCUUAGCUGGAACAACAAUUGUCAACAUCACCCUCACUGAUGUCAAUGACAAUCCUCCUCGAUUCCCCAAAAGCAUCUUCCAUCUGAAAGUUCCUGAGUCUUCCCCUGUUGGCUCAGCUGUCGGACGAAUAAGAGCCGUGGAUCCUGACUUUGGACAAAAUGCGGAAAUUGAGUACAAUAUUGUUCCAGGAGAUGGGGGAAACUUGUUUGACAUCAUCACAGAUGAGGAGACACAAGAAGGAGUCAUCAAACUGAAAAAGCCAUUAGAUUUUGAAACAAAGAAGGCAUAUACAUUUAAAGUAGAGGCCUCCAACUUGCACCUAGACCACCGGUUCCACUCGGCAGGCCCUUUUAAAGACACAGCCACAGUAAAGAUCAGCGUGCUGGAUGUCGAUGAGCCCCCGGUUUUUAGCAAGCCAUUGUACACUAUGGAGGUGUACGAAGACACUCCCGUCGGGACCAUCAUCGGUGCUGUCACAGCGCAAGACCUUGAUGUGGGCAGUAGUGCCGUUAGGUACUUCAUAGAUUGGAAGAGUGAUGGGGACAGCUACUUUACAAUAGAUGGGACUGAAGGAACCAUUGCCACUAAUGAAUUACUGGACAGAGAAAGCACUGCGCAGUAUAAUUUCUCCGUAAUUGCGAGUAAAGUUAGUAAUCCAUUAUUAACCAGCAAAGUAAACAUAGUGAUUAAUGUCCUAGAUGUCAACGAAUUUCCUCCAGAAAUAUCUGUCCCACAUGAGACAGCUGUAUGUGAAAAUGCCAAACCAGGACAGAUAAUUCAGAUAGUCAGUGCUGCAGACCGAGAUCUUUCACCUGCUGGGCAGCAAUUCUCCUUCAGAUUAUCACCUGAGGCUGCCAUCAAACCAAAUUUUACCGUCCGUGACUUCAGAAACAACACAGCUGGAAUUGAAACCCAAAGAAAUGGAUACAGCCGCAGACAGCAAGAGUUGUAUUUCCUCCCUGUUGUAAUCGAAGAUAGCAGUUAUCCCGUCCAGAGCAGCACAAACACAAUGACUAUUCGAGUUUGUAGAUGUGACUCAGAUGGUACCAUCUUAUCCUGCAACGUGGAAGCAAUUUUUCUACCCGUAGGACUUAGCACUGGGGCUUUGAUUGCAAUUCUACUCUGUAUUGUUAUACUAUUAGCCAUAGUUGUGCUGUACGUAGCGCUGAGAAGGCAGAAGAAGAAAGACACCCUGAUGACCUCGAAAGAAGACAUCAGAGACAAUGUCAUCCAUUACGAUGAUGAAGGAGGUGGGGAAGAGGACACCCAGGCCUUCGACAUCGGGGCUCUGAGGAACCCUAAAGUGAUUGAAGAGAACAAAAUCCGCAGGGAUAUAAAACCAGACACCUUCUGUUUACCUCGGCAGAGGCCGCCAGUGGAAGACAACACAGACAUAAGGGAUUUCAUUAAUCAAAGGCUGCAGGAAAACGAUGUGGACCCAGCCGCCCCGCCCUAUGACUCCUUGGCCACAUACGCCUACGAAGGCAGUGGAUCGGUGGCCGAGUCCCUCAGCUCCAUAGACUCGCUCACUACCGAGGCCGACCAGGACUACGACUAUCUCACAGGCUGGGGGCCGCGCUUCAAAGUUCUGGCAGACAUGUUUGGUGAAGAGGAGAGUUAUAACCCUGAUAAAGUCACCUAG